AUGUCAACGACCUUCUCUUCAAACAAAGAGGGGAGCACUGACAGUACUAUUAUCUCUUCAACAAAUGAAGAGGUGGUAGCAGGUGAAGAAAGGAGAAAGAAAACAGUUAAAAAGAAACCUGCAUCUCUCGUAGCAGCCGAAACAACUAGCAAUGACAAUUCUUCUUCCUCUACCUCUACUACUUCAACUUUUGCCGGCAACAAUGAUCAAGAAGAAGAAGGAGAAGGAGAAGGAGAAGGAGAAGAAACUACAAAAAAGAAAAAGAAGAAAAAGAAAAAGAAGAAAAACAAAUCAACAUCAUCAUUUGAAGCAGAACCAACGACCACCACCACUUUUGUACCUGUUCCACCAGCUGGAUCACAUUGUGGACUAUGUGGAAAGACUGGAAAGAUGAGGGUCACCAAAUGCUGCAAGAACAUCAUUUGCGACGACUAUGACAAAUAUCAACUCAUGUCGUUUGCCAGAAACUCGUGUUCUAGAAACCAUGAUAGAUACACUGUCUGCAACACUCAUUUUGAACUCAAACACCGAGGUGCAUGGCAAAAAUGUUUGGAGUGCCAAAGAAUGAUGGGUGUACCAUCGUUUGCCGACCAAGGUACCAACGAAUACAACUUUGUCAAACUAGCGAAUCCACCUAAAUACACCAUCACUUGCUCCUACUGUCCAUAUAGCUCUGGAUCAUUAAAGGAUUUUCCUUCGAUUUCUUAUAAAUUUGGAGAUACUAAAAAAUCCUAUGCUUGUAUUACUUGUUACAAGACUAAAAGAAAUAUAUUAUAA